AUGGCCGAAAGAAUCAGAGUAGUUGUUCAAAAACGAACAGCCCUAAAGGCGCAAAUUACGGGUUUAACGAACAUGCUCGAAAAGGAACGACAAAGUCGAUUCGAUAAAGCCGCGUUAAAAUUGCGCAUGGCGCGUGUCACCGAACUUUACCACGCGUACGAAGAACUUCAGGACGAAUUAGAGUUAUUAGACCCGAGCGAAGGUCAUAAGCACGAAUUCGCAAACGUCCAGGAACGAUUCUAUGCUCUCGCGGGCAGAAUCGAAGAAUUAACGAAUCCCGCGGAAUCGGUUGCGAUCGCCGGUCCUUCUACCGCGCGUGAUGCUUACCCCUCCGUCGACGCGAGCACCGCGGCCGCCGUGAAACGAAAGACAAGGCUACCCGAAGUAUCGUUACCUAAUUUCGACGGCCGGUAUGAAAAUUGGCUCUCAUUUAAAAACGCCUUCAUUGCGAUGAUAGACUCUCGAAGGGAUAUAUCAGAUGUAGAAAAAUUGCAAUAUCUACGAACGGCUUUGACGGGCGAAGCAGCCAACAAAAUAAAAAUCUUAACGAUCGAAAGCGCGAAUUAUAGCAAGGCAUGGGAAUUACUAAAGCGCGCGUACGAAGUAAAACGCAUUCUGAUCUCGCGCCAUCUUUCGCUGCUUAGAAAUCUCCCCGUUUUAGAAAGGGAAACUACCGAAGGCUUAUCGAAGCUCGCCGAUGAUACGCAACAACACGUCGCGUCCCUAGCCUCGCUGGGGGUCGACGUGAACUCCGAGAUGAUCGUCAAUGUGUUAGAGAGCAAAUUACCGAAAAAUACGGCGGAAAAAUGGGAGGAAUCACUUAUGCUGGAUGAAUUUCCAAAGAUCGACGAUCUAUACGAAUUUCUAUACCGAACCGCAGUUCGCGUGUCUAAACGUACGCGCCCGGAAGCGUUAAAGCGAGACGACGAAAAGAAUUCGCCCUCCGUUAAAAGGGGACGAUUCCCCAACAAAGCAUUCGUGGUCAAUACGAAGUAUAAUUGCGUGGCGUGUAAAAACGGACAACACCCAUUAUUCAAAUGCGGAAAAUUUAAGCAAUUCGAUGUCUCUAAGCGUAUGGAAGUCGUGAAAAAUGCUAGGCUCUGUUACAAUUGUAUGCGUUCACACAGAGGCAAGCCUUGUACUUAUACCGGUUGCACCAUAUGUAACAAACGACACAAUACGUUAUUACAUUCAGACAAAUUUCCGACGGCAACGUUAAAAACCGAUGCGACGGAUUCGAAGGCCGAAGGGUCCGCAUGA